AUAUGCCUUACCCUUCUCAGUUCAGUAGUAAGUCCUCGAAGAAAUGUCGUUCGCGGCUCUUUUCGUAGCGGCGACGAAGCUUGCCGGAAUCGUGGUCACGGUCACCGUCGCCGCCAACGCCUUCUCCUUCUCUCGAUUCCAGCGGAAGAACCUCCGGCCCUUCCGCUCACCCAUCGAAGAGGACUCAGAUACGCUUGCUGUCUUCAACGUUAACCGUUCCAGUGAGGAUGAAAAAGAGUUCUUCUUCGGUUUAGCAACAGCACCUGCACAUGUUGAAGACAGGCUCAAUGAUGCUUGGCUCGAGUUUGCAGAAGAGAACCCAUGUGACAAAUCAGAGUCACUGCCGAGCCAUCAAUCAGCAGAUGCUCUAAUGGCUGUGGCUACUGGUGAUGGUGGAUCUCAGCAGGCUUUGUUGUCUGUGAAGAAACCUAAUAUGACGAUGAAGAAGAAAAAACCUGUUAAGAUAGCGAUGGAAGCCAUGAUCAGAGGGUUUCAGAAGUACAUAGAAGAAGAACCUGAACCAACUGAUGAGUCCCAUCAUAAUGUAGCUGCUUGGCACAAUGUUCCACACCCGGAGGAGAGGUUGAGGUUUUGGUCCGACCCUGAUACAGAAUUGAAGCUGGCUAAAGAUACUGGAGUUCGUGUUUUCCGAAUGGGAAUAGAUUGGACGAGGAUCAUGCCCAAGGAGCCAGUCAAUGGACUAAAAGAAACUGUGAAUUAUGCUGCAUUGGAGCGAUAUAAGUGGAUCAUCAACAGGGUUCGCUCUUAUGGAAUGAAGGUAAUGCUGACUCUUUUCCAUCAUUCAUUGCCACCGUGGGCUGGAGAAUAUGGAGGGUGGAAGUUGGAAAAAACUGUUGAUUAUUUCAUGGAUUUUACCAGGCUUGUUGUUGAAUGUGUAUCAGAUAUUGUUGACUUCUGGGUUACAUUUAAUGAGCCUCAUGUCUUUUGUAUGCUGACAUAUUGUGCGGGUGCUUGGCCUGGUGGUAAUCCUAACAUGCUUGAGGUGGCCACUUCUGCUCUACCAACUGGUGUCUUUAAACAGACCAUGCAUUGGAUGGCCAUUGCACACUCAAAGGCCUACGAAUAUAUCCAUGAACAGAGCAACACCUCAUCCAAGUCAAUGGUUGGAGUGGCACAUCAUGUUUCAUUUAUGCGGCCAUAUGGUAUCUUUGAUGUUGCAGCUGUUUCACUGGCCAACUCCUUGACCAUCUUUCCUUAUGUGGAUAGUAUUUCUGACAAGUUGGAUUUUCUAGGAAUCAACUAUUAUGGGCAGGAAGUGGUCUCUGGUGCUGGGCUGAAGCUUGUAGAGAAUGAUGAAUAUAGUGAAUCUGGACGUGGUGUUUAUCCUGAUGGACUCUACCGCGUGCUGCUUCAGUUCCAUGAAAGAUACAAACAUCUAAACGUGCCCUUCAUUAUUACUGAAAAUGGAGUUUCUGAUGAGACGGACUUAAUCCGACGACCUUAUUUGUUGGAGCAUUUACUUGCUAUUUAUGCUGCCAUGAUGAGGGGUGUCCCAGUGCUUGGCUACUUGUUUUGGACUAUUUCUGAUAAUUGGGAAUGGGCUGAUGGAUAUGGUCCCAAGUUUGGGCUUGUAGCAGUUGAUCGUGCCAAUGGUCUUGCCCGAAUUCCUCGUCCUUCAUACCAUUUGUUUUCCAAAGUGGCUACUUCUGGCAAAUUAACACGUCAGGACAGGGUGCGGGCAUGGAAUGAACUCCGAAGUGCUGCUAAAGAGAAGAAAACACGACCAUUUUAUCGAGCAGUUAAUAAAAGGGGUUUAAUGUAUGCAGGAGGUCUUGAUGAACCUAUACAGCGGCCUUUUAUUGAGCGAGAUUGGCGGUUCGGACACUAUGAGCUGGAUAGCCCUCAGGACCUGUUAAGCUGCUUGUCAAGAUACAUCAUCCGACCUUUCUCCUGGAAAAGGAAAACAAAACCACAUGCAGAUGAUGCCGAGUUGGUUCUUCAGCCUCUUGAACCAAGCCUCUGAUUGGUUAUGUAUAGGCUUGGGAAGAUUUUCACUGUGUUUCUAUUGAAGGUCUGGCCAGAGCAAAUCAAGAAUGAGCAGUGGCAGGGCAUGGAGCAACACUUGAUUACUAAAGGAUCAACCCAAUGAAGUGGGCAUGCUUGAGUAAUUUGACUUGAGAAAAAAAAAAAGGGUUGUAUAAGUAUGAUAAUAGAAAUUUGUUGCUGAUGAGCUGCGAACUAGUUCCAUUUGUUUGUCAUAUAUUUUUAUUUUUAUUUUUACUAUCAUUAUGACCACAGAGAAACUAGGUUUUUAAAAUUUGUCUUCUCAGAGUAUCUCAGGAAGAUGCAAGGCGGUGUUAGGGCUCAAGAUUGUGUGGGGUCUACAUAAUAACAAAUUAAAAAUGAGUAUAUAUUUACUUUUAAUUGUUUUAAUUAAUUUUUAUUUACACA